AUAAACAUAAAUGUCGAUUGAUACGCACACAAAAAUAGAAAUCAACAGAGAGAACGCUGUGAUCGAGAUCUCUCCAAUCUUACAAUCCCUUCCUCCACACACUGAAUCCACCGUUUGUCUCUCUCUCGAACUCCUCACACUAUUUUUCCUCUAAGGAUGUUUCCGGAUGUUUCUGUUGCAAAUUUUGGGCAUCCUCAUUCAGGGACAGUGAAAAACACGUUAUGUUAUUCUAGUGAAAUCUUGUUAUUUUUGUGAAUACUGUUUCUGUAUAGGAAAAGAUAAACCGGUUAGUGGAUAUGGGGAAUAAAUUGGGGAGUAGGAGACAAGUGGUGGAUGAGAAGUACACUAGGCCUCAAGGGUUGUAUCAGCACAAAGAUGUGGACCACAAGAAGCUUAGGAAGCUCAUUCUGGACUCCAAGCUGGCACCUUGUUACCCUGGCGAUGAUGAAUGUGGCAGUGAUCUUGAAGAAUGUCCUAUUUGCUUCUUGUAUUAUCCAAGUCUCAAUCGGUCGAGAUGUUGCAUGAAAGGCAUUUGUACAGAAUGCUUUUUGCAGAUGAAGACACCUAAUUCUACCCGGCCAACCCAAUGUCCCUUCUGUAAAACCUCAAAUUACGCUGUGGAGUAUCAAGGUGUUAAGACAAAGGAGGAGAAAGGUUUGGAGCAAAUUGAAGAACAACGACUUAUAGAAGCCCAAAUAAGGAUGAGGCAGCAAGAAAUUCAGGAUGAAGAGGAAAGGAUGCUGAAACGAAAAGAACUCAGAUCCUCCAGCAGUAUCAGAGAACCAAAUGAAGUUGAUUAUUGCUCCAACCCAGCCCAAUCGUUUAGUUCUGCUGUAGAAGGCGAGGAAAUUGUUAUCUCUCAGGAAUUAUGUGCUGCUCCAGCAAUAAGACCAUCUCCACGCCCGAGGCAAACUAGUGAGGAUGAAUUUGACCUGGAUCUGGAGGAAAUAAUGGUUAUGGAAGCCAUUUGGCAGUCUAUUAAGGAAACUGGCCAACCCCAAAAUUUGCCCUACAGUGACGCAGCUUCAUCGGAAGAAUAUAUGAUAGACGAUCAUAGCACCUCAGCAAUGAUAGCCCCGGUGGCUGGAUUAUCAUCUCCUUCUGGUGGUCUUGCAUGUGCCAUUGCAGCCCUUGCUGAGCGUCAACAACUGAGCGGAGAGUCCAAUAGCUAUGGUGGGAACAUGCAUGGGAAUAGCUUGAUGCCUGGAUGUAGCAGGUUUCCUAAUAGGGAGGAGCAAGAAUCUGAAAAUGAUUUUCCUGCAGAGAGUGCUGUUGUGGAAUCACUUGAUAUCCAGCUGGCGAUGACCCAGGAUGCUGGAGAAUGGGACGAAAAUAGAUCUGAGGUGGCUGAAGUUGGAACCAGCUAUUCGGGUUCUCAUGAAUUGAAUGAUGCAGGAAGGCCUGAUGCACUCCACCAAGUUGAUGAAAAUGAGCGCACCUUCCAGCGCGUAGUUCCCGAGAGCUAUGAGGAGCAGAUGAUACGAGCCAUGACUGUAUCGCUGACUGAUGCUCAAUCUAGGGCAAGUGCAACGGGAGUUGCAUGGCAUUAAGUGUUGUUGGAUAAGGUAUUACGAAAUCGUUCAUUUAUCCCUCGUUUCUAGACCAACCGUCCUCCCCUCCGAAACUCAAAAAAUAGGAAAAAAUGUCAUCUUCUUUAUAUAUAUAGGUGUAAAAGGGGAGAAAAAUGAUUCUAGUGAAUGAAAGGUGUUUGUUGAUUCCAUUUCCGAAUACUUGUGUGGCUGUAUAAAGUGUAGUGGUGGUAGUCUGCCUAAUACCAGUUUAGAAUAACAUGCAUGCACUGUCUUCAAAAAUUGUCGAUGAUGGAUAAUUAUUUAAAAUGCUCUCGACAGGAAAGCUUCCUUCA